UAUAUAAGCUCGAUCAAAGCGCUGGAGGCACCAUUGUCCUACAGGAGUCCAAACACAAUGAAGCUGACCCUCUUUGUCUGCCUGGCUGGUGUCGUGGCCGCCUCGGCGCUCCCACAGUUCCAGGACCGCCACCCCGAAUACACCGCCGAGACCUUGGUGGACGAGCGCGAAGACCGCGGCGACGGCAACUUCAGGUACCUUUUCCGGACCAGCAAUGGCAUCAACACCGAAAAAGUUGGUACUCCCGGCUCCAAGGGACAGAGCAAUAUGCAGGGAAGUUUCAGCUUCCCCUUGACCGAUGGAGGAGUCGCUGAGUUCACUUACGUCGCCGACGAGAACGGCUACCAGCCUUCCUCCGACCUCCUGCCUCCUACUCCUCCUCACGUCUUCAGACUCCUUGAGAUCGCGGCUCAGCAAAGGGCACAGGGAAUCAGAUUCGACUGAGGACUUAAUUCUGCGGCUCGAUAAGUGUACAACAGCACACGAUCUGGCAUUUAUAGAUAUACAUAAGUUUUGCGAACACACGAAAGGACAUGAAGUUGUCAGCGUGAGUGAAUAAAUGAGAAAGUUGCAAAA